UCAUACGUAAAUUUAACCUAAGUUUUGGAAACGAAUUACUAAAAUGUUCGUGAUUUGAAGCCCGGUUGUAUCAUUAUUAAAUCUAGAUAACGUGUGGAAAGUGUUUCCAGUACCUAAAAUAUCACGGAGCCGUACGAUAUAAACAUGGCCCGCGAGUAUGACCAUUUAUUUAAGCUGCUCAUAAUUGGCGAUAGUGGUGUCGGCAAAUCUUCUCUCUUGAUUCGUUUCUCCGACAAUACUUUUUCUGGUAGUUAUAUUACAACAAUUGGUGUGGAUUUUAAAAUACGAACUGUAGCAAUAAAUGGGGAACGAGUAAAACUACAAAUCUGGGAUACGGCGGGUCAGGAACGGUUUCGAACUAUAACGAACACGUAUUACCGUGGAACACAUGGUGUUAUUGUCGUGUACGAUGUCACCAAUGGGGAAUCUUUUGCCAACGUUAAGAGAUGGUUACAAGAGAUUGAAUCUAAUUGUGACGUAGUAAACAAAGUUCUAGUCGGAAACAAAAAUGAUGAUCCCAACCGAAAAGUUGUAAUUACCGAGGACGCUGAGCGAUUUGCCAAUCAGAUGGACAUCCAAUUAUUUGAAACAUCAGCCAAAGACAAUAUAAACGUAGAGGAAAUGUUUUUAGCUAUAACCGAACAAGUAUUGAGGCACAAAAAACUAACACAGAAACAAGUUCAAUCGGAUCAAUGUAAUGAUACUGUUCAUUUGCGUAAAGGAGGCAAUAUAAAGAAAAAAAGUAAAUGCUGUUAAUGGUAAAUUAAUAUAAGAAUUGUAGCAUAAGAACAUCAAAGCGGAGAUGAUAAUAAAUUGCCUGCAUUUUAUAACUGAAUAGAAAGCUAAUUAUACAUCGCGCCUUUAGCGCAAAUGCCAGGUAUCUCGAAACUUGUAUAUUUUAUUACUUCUAUAUACCAAUCUCAAGUCCAUACCUAAAAGAAAACAGAAAACUGUUAACUUAAUUGUUCCCUGGUACAUUCUAUUCGAAUAGUUAGAGAGAUCUGCGGCAUAAGCAGCUAGUCAUUUCUCAGAGCUAUAAAACCAUUUUUUUCAUUAACAAAUUCACAUAAGUUGUUAGAUUGUGAUUAAACAGAAUAAUGUAUUAGUGUUGAAUAAAAAUAGGACGCUCUUGUUAGAAA